AUGGGAAUUCAAAAUUCAACACCAACUUUGCCUCCAGCAGAAUUAAAAGAGAUUGCAAGCAAUGCUCUUGAUGGAGACAUGAUGUUUGAAGAAGGAAUUGCUACGACAAUCGAUCCAAAAAAUGCAAAUGUGAUUAAUCAGAACUUUCAAAUAGAAAGAAGGAGACACAUACAACGAUUUAGGUUAGAACCUGAUGGAAGAAAGUCAGUUGUACUAUCAUAUUCCAAAGAUGAAGUAGAAAUGGUUAAAAACAAAUUACAAGAGCUUGGACUAUCAACAGAUGUAUUUUUCAUUAAUCUUCCAUGUUGGUGUCCUCGAAAUCUCGAACAGAAAAACCAAGCACAUGCAUUUUGGCCAAUGAAUAAUUUAAUUGACCAAUCUUUACCAGAAAAAGUCAAUAUUGACGAACACAUUAAGUAUUUAGAGAAGUGUUAUAAUGAGAAAUGCAUUAUAAUUGCAAAACCAGAUACUCCUUUAGUUGUUGCAAAAGCAAAAUCAGAUUGCGAUAACUGCGAAUGCUGUUUUGAGCACGGUGUAAUUGAUGCUGUUGGAGAGGCAUCAAGAUGGGCAAUACAAAACGAUUCUUACCUUUGUACAAACUUAGAUGUCUACUGCUACUACGAACCAUGCUGUAUGUGUACUAUGGCAAUGGUCCAUUCACGUGUAGGAAGACUGUUUUUCAUUGAACCAAAUCCAAAAUACGGAGGAGUUAUGAACCAAGCUCAUAUUAACCAAUCUCCAAAAAUUAACCAUAGAUUUAGAGCUUUUAGAAUGGUAUUUACUAAUUCUGUUUAA